UACUCCCGCUCCACGUGUCAAGGUGACACGAACACGUGCACUGGACAAUCGGCCAAAAGUGGCCGAUGCGCACAAAGGUGACCCCAAACACCUGCACCUCUUAGAAGUAAACAAGUAAACAAUUACGAUGCAGGUGCAGGGGUCGCCCACGCCUGGUAGUGUGCCAGCACGCGCAGCUCCAGCCGAGCUGCGCGCCGCGCCCAGGCCUCGCCCACUCAAAGCCCGAUGCAUAUAUGAUGGGCCACGGGCCGAGGCGAGUUAGUUCAGCUCCGACUCUUGUCCAGUGCAGUGUUUGCAAGUCUGUGCCCCGAAGCCCUGAGAGUCAACAACGUGCGCUCCGAAUAAACACCGCUUUUGCCCCGACGGACGGACAGUCUACGUGACAACACGGACGCUCAGCAUGUGCGGCAUUUUGAGUUGCGUCCUAACAUGCGCUCUCAUAAUAGCCGUCGUGCUCGUGGCCGGAGGUACGAGCGGCUGGACGAGCAUCACGACGGAACCAGCCCACAAUGGUACCGUGCUCCAUCGCGUCACGAGAGCAACCCCGCCGAAGACCAGCUCAGCCAAGUCACCCGGACCGCCUACAACAACGACCACAACUACCACUACCACCACUACGACGACUACGUCAACCUCCGCUCCGCCCUCGUUGACCUCCGGGAUACAAUCGCAGCAAUCAGGCGCCGCAAGUCAACCAAACCCUCCACUUCCCACAGCAGCGGCACUGGUGAAGGUACACACCGGCCCAGCGAAAGGAGGGAUAGGGAAGAAGACUUUCACUACAAUCAAGAAGGGACCUCCUUCCGUUCUAGGGACGAAAGAAGUGAACCUUGCCAACGGACCUUCGAUAGAGGCGUCAGGGGAAUUGAACGCAGGCAGCUUGUUUAUUCGGACGAACAGCUUCCACAUCUCCCUCAGCGAGUGGGUUCUCCUACUGAACAUGAAGCGUGUCGACAAAUACGAAGAGCACCUACAAGCUCUCACGGAACAACUGAAACCGAUGGUUACCAAGGCCAGCACAGUCCCUGAUCCCAUUAAAACAGAGAUAACGGGCACGCUCGAUGAAAUCUCAGGCAUUAAAGCAGAAAUUACGAAUUUCCGGGACUCGAUACCGCAGCAGAAACGCAGGCGAAGAGACACCGCAGCAGGCCGGAAGCGCAGAUCAACGAACGCCCAGAAGGUAGGCAACCUACAGGGAGCCGACCGGCGGAUGCCCCUCGUAGGAGCCACAGGCACGCCGCAGCCAAUCGCCGCAUCAUGCGACCCUGUGAACGCGAUCAACCUGUGUGCUCCCAGCUCCCUCUUUUUGCCAGUGCUCAUGCCCGACGCACCUACAGAAAUCAACUUGCAAAUGGUGCGAUGGCUGAAGAUUUUCUACAGACGAGUCGAAAGACUAAUGCUUUCGGACUUGCGAAACGGCACGCGGCUGUUCUCACCGGCAGCAAUGUUUCCGGCACCGCCCCGGCCGUCCCCAUUGGGAGUAGGCAGCCGGGACCCAGCACCCAUCAGUACCAGACUACCCUACAUGCCGGAGGAGGCGACAGCACCGGAAGAAACGGUCUCUUUCGUGCAAGAAUACACCACGGUGAGGUCCCACUACGUGGACCCCUACCAAAGCACCACAACAGAGGCGCCUGCAGACACGGCAGACAAAGAGGAGUACGUGGACCCUUUCUCACGAAGGAAGAAAAGACACAUCCCGGUAGUGAUGUACACAGCAGCACCGCAAGUACCAGGAGUCAGCGCCACGCUGUUGCCGAAAACCAGCAACAAUGCACCUCUAAAGCCACCCAGCCACGGCGUGGAACAAGAACCGGUUAUCAUCGUCUCAAGACCCUUGGGCGCUACGGAAGAGAACUCGACACGGCCAAGAAACGGAUCGGCAACGCCCGAUUUCCCGAACUUGGCGGACCCCAAGGUCUGGAACCCAGCAUUUAACCCUCAUGACCCUAGUGGCCUAUGGCCCAUCGACAUGAACGGAACGGGUACAAUCGACAUAAGCGAGGCGCCGAGAAAAAACAGACGCAGUCUUCCCGAGCUGGUGACCAGAAUUAUUACCACCGCGAUGAACAGGACGGACCUAGACAACGGAGGUCUGAUCGCCACAGUAAUCAAGCAGUCCACGCGCAAGAGGAGAGGCAUGGUAAAUGCAAUCGGCACAGUAGGCAAUUGGCUAUUUGGCACCAUGGACGACGAAGAUCGCAAGAGAAUCGCUGAGGAUAUGCUAAAAUUGGGCAGUCAGACACAGCUUCUGACAAGGAUUAACAACGAAUUUGCGUCAAAAUUAAAUCUGACAGUGAAAACAAUACUGGAACAUGAUAUCCAGAUUAAAAAGCUCAUCAAGUUGGCAGCGACGGACUACGCAUCUGCACGGACGACGGACAUCACUUUCAGUUCGCUGAUGCGAAACACGCACGCCACAAUCGCCGCCAU